AAAAAUCUUUACGAUCAGGAGAAAGUAAUUAAUGUGAUGGCCAGCGAGCAUCACGGUUUAAUUGAGGUUAAGUCUACUACAGUUCACCAGUGGUUAAAAGUACACAAGAUACAUUUAACUCUCAAUAAUAAUUCUACAAUGUGA